CCCAAGUGAACCCCCAAGAGUUCGCCGCUCCAUCAUAUUGCCCAUUAAUUAUAACAAAACGUGUAUCUUCCCAAUUCUAGACCAUAGAGCUUCUCUCAAAGAAUCACUUGCGAAAGUUCAAAUUAAUUCAGUCAAAAUGACAACCCCCGAAUCCAAACGCCCCGUAGUUUGCGUCUUCUGCGGCUCCGUCGAAGGGACUAACCCCGCACACAUGGAUACCGCCCGACGCCUCGCCCAGAUCUUCCAUGAUAACAACAUCCAGCUCGUCUAUGGUGGCGGCACAAAGGGCCUGAUGGGCGAGAUCGCGCGCACGCUGGUAUCCCUCUCGGGCCCCGAUGCCGUACACGGAAUUAUUCCCCGUGCUCUUGUGAGCGUUGAACCAGGUUACAAGAGCAAGAACCAGGAAAAGACGCCAUCAACGUCUUCAGCGGCUGCUACUACGGGCGGCGGAGGGAAGGAAGCCGAGCGGGUUGUUAAUGAUAGCGGGACGCCGUCUUCUGAAUACGGACUUACAACGAUCGUUGCGGAUAUGCAUACUAGAAAACGAACCAUGGCGCAGAAGGUCAGAGAAGGAGGUCCCGGUAGUGGGUUUGUUGCGCUGGCCGGGGGGUUCGGAACGAUUGAGGAGGUUAUGGAGAUGACAACAUGGAAUCAGUUAGGAAUUCACCAUCUGGGGAUUGUGCUGUUGAAUGUUGCUGGGUAUUGGGAUGGUUUGUUGGAGUGGGUGAGAAACUCGGUGAGGGAGGGAUAUGUAUCCAAGGAGAAUGGGGGGAUUCUGGUGGAGGCGAAGACUGUGGAGGAGGUAUGGCCGAAGCUGGUGCAAUAUCAGGUGAGUGAGGGGAGAUACCAGUUGAAUUGGUCAGAUGAGUAAAUGAAAGGAGCGAGUCGCUGCACUUGAAUAGAGCAAUAGUAUAGGCUAGAUAUGGAUUAGACAAUGUCAAUUACGGAUAAAACAUGGUGCGGCAUGGAUGGAAAUCUUGUCAUAUUAUUCCC